ACAGGUCAUUUUUGCAGCUAAUAGAAAUGGAGUGGAGCAGCAAAAUUUCAUCUUGUGCUCUAUCCACAAUGCACAAAAAGAAAUUUAACCAUAAACAACUUUUGCCAUUAACAGAGGACUUACUUAUUUUAACAAAAUUUUUGAAUCAGGAAAUUGAAAGAUUAAAAAAUAAAUUAUCACUGGAUGUUGUGUAUAAAACGUGGAGAGCUCUUGCCUCGUGCACUCUAGCCAGAAUAAUAUUGUUCAAUAAGAAACGGUCCGGAGAAGCUGCAAAAAUGACCGUGGAACAAUAUGCCACACGACCAACUUUCAAAGAACAGGGAACCCAAGAACUCUUCGCGUCAUUGUCGCCAUUGGAGAAAAAUUUGGCUUCUACAAUGGAGGUUGUCGAUAUAGAAGGAAAACGCGGACGACGAGUGCCUGUAAUAAUAACACCUGAACUUAAAUCUGCCAUCGAUUUGUUAAUAAAAACAAGAUCUACAGUAAACAUUUCAAAAAAUAAUCCAUAUAUUUUUGCACCAGCUGAGAGCGAAAUAGGGCAUUUGCGAGGUCAUGAUUGUCUAAAAUCCAUGUGUAAUGAAGUAAACUUACAACAUCCAGAAUAUAUAACAGGAACCAAACUAAGAAAAUAUAUAGCCACUGUGUCGCAAAUUUUCAAUUUGGGUAAGAACGAAGCAGACUGGCUAGCAAGACACUUGGGACAUGACAUACGAGUUCAUCGUGAUUUUUAUCGGCUUCACGAGAACGCUGUAGAAGCAACAAAAAUAAGUCGCCUGUUAAUCGCCAUCGAGCAUGGAGACGCUAACAAAUAUGCUGGCAAAAGUCUCAAUGAAAUAAAUAUAGAAGAUUUACCUUGUUUGGAAGAGGAAUCCGAAGAAGUGGCAUUACCAGCCGAUGCCGGCGAAGGGAUCAAUAACACUGAGGACACAUCUAGUGAUGAUGAAAUUCCAUUAUCGAACAUUAAAGAGCAGGUGUUCAUGAAUCAAGGAAAGAGAAAAUCAUCGGCAACAGAAGAGGAACUAAUUUCGACAAAAAAAGAAACACAAGUCAAAAAGAGAAAAAAAGAAAAGCAGUCGGCAAAAACACUUAAAACAACUCAAAAAACCCCAUGGACGUCCGAAGAAAUAAAAUCCGUAAUGACUUUCUUUAAAUUUGAUUUAAAGAAGGAACUACUACCAGGAAAACAAAAAUGUGAAGAGUGCAAAUCAAAAUACCCAGUAUUGGAAAGGAGAAAAUGGACGGAUAUAAAGUUUUAUUUGAAAAACUAUUACAGCCGCAAUAAGCGACUAAUAAAUAAUAAUGAUAAUAAAUUACCAAUAUAAAUUUUAUACA